CGGAAAGUCUCUGUUAUGACUUAUGAGUCAAAAACUAAGCGAAAAAAAAGGAGGUUCUGCACUUCUGCCCCUUGAAGAAACCGGGGAAACUAAAAUUGGAUCAAUUCGGGAGCGAGAGGAAGCAUGACCCAGCCAAGCAAAGAGCCAUGCAAGAAACAAGCUUGUGACAUUCAAGCAUGUUUAUCGAAGAACAAUUUCAAUCCUCAAAGAUGUAUUGAUGUCAUUCUAAAGCUUCAGAAAUGCUGUGAGAAUUGCAACUACGACUCUACCCAUUGCGCUUCUAUGUCUGGUCUUCUCAAGCAACAUUCCAAGCCCUCUAAUUAAGGAUGCAGUGCAUCAAGGAGGCGUGCAGAAUGCAGGGCAGCAAGAUUUUUGGGUUGCUACAGGGCCUGCAUCUAUGUUUUUUUGGUAGUAGAGUUGACAUGAACCAGCCCUGAACAUCAUCUAGCAAACAUAAAUCAAUAUGAAACCAGUAAAGUUUUCAGCCUUGACGAACAUCUGUCAAUUAAGCAUUUUAACACGGCUUCUGCAGGUAGUUUUGUAUUUUGACAAUUUGCCAUCAUAAUAACUACCAGUGAGAUCAGUUGUAGGAGAAAGAUAACCAGAAAAUGAACUCCAAGCCACUGGUCAAACUCCUUUCUUUUGUCAACUUUUUUUCUUUCUUAGUUAGUCAUGAAUUCAUGAUGAUAAAUUGUGAAAGAGUUCUCCUGUACAUAACUGGUUUGAAUUUGUAGCACCGUCUUUUUCUUUGUCCCAGAUGGUUACUACUUGUUGAUUUUGUAGAGUUGUAGUAGUCAUCGACUCAUUGUGAUAAUAUUUUCAUAAUCCAGUGUAUUAUAGAGAAACAAUCCUUGAAGGUUUUCA